AUGGACAUCACGACUGCGACCUACCCCCCUCAAAAACGGACCCCGAGCACGGUCCCGUCUCGACCUGAAUCCAAGAACGGCUCCGCUAUCGAGCUCGCCCAUAGGCAUGCAGGACAAGGCGAAUCGGUCAGGUCUGACGAUCAGGCUCAGGUCGAAGUCACACCUAGCAAGCUGUCGACCAGCGUGGAGAGACGAUACCUGGCCUCGCUCUUCUGGGUCAUGAUCGUUUGUGGUUGGAACGAUGCCUCGAGCGGACCCCUAAUCCCUCGCAUGCAAGAGAAUUUUCACAUCGGCUAUACCAUCGUCUCGCUCAUCUUUGUUAGCAUCUGCGUCGGCUUCUUCAUUGCGGCCGGUCUGAACGUCCUCCUGAUUGGCACUGCAGCCCAGAUGACAGCCUACACGCUCAUGGCGACCCCUAUCCCCUUUCCGGCCUUUUGCGUCGCCUUUGUGAUCGCCGGGUUUGGCUCUGGGACUGUGCUGAGCUUGGCCGCGGCGUUCAUUAUGAAGCUGCCGACAAGACAGAACCUCAAGAUGUGCUUGUUUCAGGCUUUCUACGGAGUGGGAGCCCUGGUCGCCCCGCUGAUCGCGACUCAGUUCACGAGCAUGACGACGCAGUGGAGAUUCUACUAUCUCGUCUCGCUCGGUCUCGCCACGACGUCGUUUGCCAUCAUCAGCAUCGUCUUCAGGGGAAAACACGAAAACGACCUGCUUCCCGACCUGGUCGAGGUCGGGUCUGUGAAUGAGGGGCUACCUUCCGCUGCUACGCCUAAUGCCAACGCCGAGACGUUGAAGAAGAUGAACCAGAUCAUGCGCGUCAAGGCGGUCCAUAUGUUGGCGAUAUGGUCCUUCAUCUAUGUCGGACUCGAGGUCACUAUCGGCGGGUGGAUCGUCACUUUUAUCCAAGAAUUGCGGAUCGACUCUUCGAACGAGUCUGCAUAUCAUUCGGCAGGCUACGUUUCCACCGGGUUCUGGGCGGGACUUACUAUUGGACGACUUGCGUUCAUCUGGGUCAACAAUAAGCUCGGAGAGAGGCGGGUCGUCUUUGGCUACACGCUCAUCGCGCUCGGGCUCGAAUUCAUCGUCUGGUUCGUUCCGGACCUCAUUGGAACCGCCGUCUCGGUCUCAUUGGUGGGACUAUGCCUUGGACCCAUGUUUCCGAUCAUGCUUUCGGUGGCUAGCAAGUCUAUCCCGCGGGCACUUGCAGCUGGGUCAAUCUGUUGGAUUGAGAGCCUCGGCCAGGUCGGUAGCGCGAUGCUGCCGUUCGCCACUGGUGCCCUUUCUCAGGCAUUUGGCAUUAGGGUCCUCCAGCCGAUCAUCGUCAGCCUACUGGGCGGCAUGGCCGUGGCAUGGGGCGCCGUUCUUUGGUUUACCGCCCUCGACAAGAAGAGAUGGACAUCGGAUUAG